GGUUCAACGCAACGUGGCAUGUCCAGACAUCCAAAUAAAAUAAAAAAUGUAAACAUGGAAAUGGAUACAGUUAUCUUUCACAGACACAAAAUAUCGCAAAUGAUAGAUAUAGAGACAUGAUUGAAAUUAUGUGGCAGAUGAACUUUGACUGCGACUGGCUGGGUGGAAGCGCUUUGAACAGAUGUGAACUGUACUGAAGCAUUCUCCUCUCAACAUAAAGAGUGGUCAUCAUGGACCCCAGAAGUUACCACUGGACCGAGCCAGGCCCUGGUCGUCACCCACAGAGACCCAGGGAGAGAGAGGACUACCAUAGGCCUGCUCACCCUCACCAGGGGACUGGAACCGGGCACUACCCACCAGCACCAAAUGUUGGGGACGCUAUCACUGGGCACUACCCACCACCACCGGACCCCAGGGAGAGGGAGAGGCAGUGGUCCCACCAGGACCCUCGCUACAGGGUCUACCUCACCAGCCCUCCCCCUUCCAGACCACCUCUAGAGUUCUCACACAGCUCUUACAGCACUCCCCACUCCAGAACAGCUUACGACAGACCCCAUUCCACGAUGGGUUACAUCAGACCAGAGCCACAACACUCCAGACCCCACUCAAGGCAAGCAUAUGACUACCCACCUCAGAUUUACUGGGACCAUAGUCAGGACUAUGGCUACUAUGACCAGGGCUAUUACAAAGGACAUUACCCAGAUGCAGGUCAAUGGCCUCCCCAGGAACAGUGGAGAUCUGACCAGUAUCAGGAGAGGAGAUAUGAGCAGGACCAGUCUGGCAGUGGCUACCCAGAACAACAAAGGUAUGACCAGCGAAGAGCGAGCUCUCAGCAUGACAUCAGAGGCUCUGAUGAAGAUCGUUCUAAAGAGAAUGGGGAUGCUGGUGGAGAUGACUGCUGUUUUGCCGAAGGGGCUCUGGCCAUCUCCAAGGCCUCAGGCUUGUCCUCCAGUAGCUAUGAGUUGAGCCAGUACAUCAACGGUGCUGAACAGAAUGACCCUGCCCCACAAACCACCUGGAGCACAGCAGACACAGAGUAUGCAGCUAUUCCCCAGGUGACUGCCCCUCUGAAAUACACUUUGCCCCAUGCUCUGGUCAGCUUUGGUCCAGCCGGACAGUUGAUCCGGGUCAGUCCUGGUCUGGCCAUGCAGGGAGACCCAGGGAAGGUGGAAGUACACAGUCUCGAGAUCAUUCUGGGGGAAACACAGGAGCAGCAGGACAUGAGAGAAUUUCCUGGGCCACUGGCUAGGGAAGACCUGCACAAAGUAGAUGCCAUCUCUUUUGCCCACCAGAAGGCAGAAGCCUGCAUGAAAGAUGAAAAACUACAAGACAAGGGCUCUGCCGCCCUCCUUUGGAAUCUACUGGUACUGCUGUGCAGACAGAAUGGACGUAUCGUUGGUUCAGACAUAGCAGAGCUGCUGAUGAGGAACUCUCAGGGCCAUGGUGGUUCAGGGGGAAGUGAAUCAGAGGCCCCUACACUCAUAGACCUGAGUGAGGGCCCCAGUCCUGAGACAGACCCCUUGGAUGGAGCAGAUCUGUUGACAGGGACAGCCACUAGCGCCUGUACGGCUGAGUCCACAGAGAAGGACAUGCAGGGAUACACCAAGCUUCUCCUGGCUGGACGGAAGAAGGAGGCCCUCGAGUCGGCCAUGAAGAGUGGACUCUGGGGCCACGCCCUGUUCCUGGCCAGCAAGAUGGACAACAGGUCCUAUACCACUGUGUUGAACAGGUUUACAGGCCAGCUAGCUCCCAACGACCCCCUACAGACCCUGUUUCAAAUGCUCUCUGGAAGGAUCCCUGCUGUUUCCACGUGCUGUGGAAGUGACAAAUGGAGAGACUGGGAGCCUCACCUGGCCGUCAUGCUGUCCAAUGAGACGGGAGAUCCAAUCGGGCACCAGAAGAGCAUCAUUACCAUGGGAGACACGCUAGCCUCCAGAGGGCUGUUACAUGCUGCUCAUAUCUGCUAUCUGACAGCUUACGCUCCUUUUGGCGUCUACCACAGCAAGACCGAGAGACUGGUGCUUCUGGGCAACUGCAACAGUCUGCCAUUCAAAGAGUUUGCUCAGAAUUCUGCCAUUCGGUGCACAGAGUUAUUCGAGUACUGCCAGAGACUUGGAGAUAAAUUCUUCUGUAUCCCCCCCUUCCAGGUGUAUAAGUUCCUGUAUGCGUGUCGUCUGCUGGAUGCUGGGCUGGCGUCCCAGGCCUUCCACUACUGUGAGGUGAUAGGGAUGUCUUUACUCAGACUGCAGGAGCCCAGCAUGGUGCUGCUGGGGGAGCUUAUCAAGCUGGCAGAGCGGCUGAAGCAGUGUGAGGGAAUGGGACAGCUCAGUGACACAGCUGACGACAGGCCUGGACAGGAGCCUGACUGGCUACAGCAGCUGAGAUACAGACAGCAGGGCAUACAGAUGGGGAGCAGUGGUUGUAGUGAUACAUACCAGUCACCAGCAGACGGGAGUGCAUUGGCCCAUGAGGAGAGCAGAGUGUAUUCAGAAUCAGACACCGGUGAUCUUUCUGCAAGGGGAGAUGACCAGGGACUGGAUGCUAAAUUCCUCUCCCACAAAGCAGCAGAAGAGCAACAACAACAGCACGUGCAGCCACAGCAGAUCAACACCCAGCCUCCGCUGCCGGUCAUGGCUUCUAACACUCAGCCUGCAGUGUCACCUGUGGUGGGAGGCCAGGACCACAGUUACUACUACACAGACACUGCACAGCCUCCACCUCAGCCUUCACCUCAGCAUCCUACACUGGACUGUCCUCCUUCAGCAGGGGAAGGGGCUGAUCCUUCUGCUGGCCCAGGCAUGACAGGGGUCCAUAUAAAUGCUGGCAUGAUGCCAGUGGCAGAGUAUGGUCAGCAGUAUUGUCAGCACUAUGGCCAGGAGUAUGAUUAUGGAGAUCAGCAGGCAUGGCAGCAGGGAGGGCACCAGGCCACCAUCACGCAGGAGGGCAAGGACUCAGAGCCGGACAAAAUCCAACCAAAACAGGUGGGUGGAGCCUGAUGCCUGUCGUCAUGU